AUGGCCUCCGCACGCGUUGUUGCCUCUCGACUCGCCUCCUCCAUGGGCACCAAGGUCGCUCGACCUGCCAUGCGAGUCCAAUUGACCAGUGUCGCUGCUAAGCGAACCAUCAGCAAUGCUACCCCCUUCCAGGCCAUGAAGCGCCAGCAAGCCUCCAAGAUCCUGAGCGCCACCACCCGCCAGGCUUUCCAGCAGACUCCCCGCCGAGCAUACUCUUCUGAGAUCGCCCAGGCCAUGGUUGAGGUAUCGAAGAACUUGGGUAUGGGUGCCGCUGCCAUCGGUCUUACCGGUGCUGGUAUCGGUAUCGGUCUCGUCUUCGCCGCCCUUCUCAACGGUGUUGCCCGCAACCCCGCCCUCCGAGGACAACUUUUCUCCUACGCCAUUUUGGGUUUCGCCUUCGUCGAGGCCAUCGGUCUCUUCGAUCUUAUGGUUGCCCUCAUGGCCAAACUUAAGCAACUUAACCUCCAUACUUACGGAGGCUGGGGCCCACACUACGGUUUGAAAGUGUGA